UCUCUGCGACAGUUACUAUUUUAAUUUUUAACCUAAAAUAAAUUUUACAAAUGCGUAAAAGUUAAAAGUUGUGUUAAUUAGGUUUUUGUUGUUGAGGAAAAUGUUAGCAAUACAAGAUUAUGGUAGUAGCGACGAAGAAAAAGAAAAAAGUGAAACAAUACCUUUGCAUUUACAAACAGAAACAAAUGAAAAGUUUUCUGUAAAAAACCAGUUAACUGUCUGUGCAGCACCUAUCAUUGCUUCCGCAAAUUUAGAAGAUCGCGUACACGUUCCCCAAAUGGCUACGGAAGUGCUACACAAUCCCAAAUAUGAAGAUUUGUUUGCUCCUGUUGUUGGACCUGAAAACCCGUUUAAAACGAAGCAAAUGAUGGCAGAAAAAAAUAUGUUAUCUGGCUAUAUAGAACCUGCAUUUAUCAACGAAUUUCAAUUUGAAAAUCAGAGACGCACAUUUAAUAGUUUCGGAUAUGCAUUAGAUCCUGCUGUUAAUGAUAACGAUGAAGGCAAUAAGAUCAUUGGAUCUGUGGAAUUGGCACAAGAGAUGUAUGGUAAAACAGUAUUUGAAAGCACAAAGCUACGACCUACGGAUAAAAGGAAACGAAAAAAAAACAAUGAUCCUAGCGAUAUUGAUAACUUUUUAGGUCCUUGGGGUGGGUACGAAAAUGAGCAGAGAGUGGUGAAACCUUCAGAUGUAGAAGCGGUGGAGCUUGAGGAAUUGGUAGCAAAGAGAAACAAGAAGGGUAAGACGACAGAUGAAGCUCCGAUUGAGGAAAAGACAAUAUUGCAUAUUGAAGACGCUUUGGAUUAUCAAGGGCGAUCAUUCUUGCACCCUCCUCAAGAUGUGGGGGUUAAUUUGAAAUCUGAUAAUCCUCCUGAAAGAUGUUUCCUCCCGAAGGCCCAUAUUCACACAUGGUCUGGGCAUACGAAGGGGAUUGCGGCUAUCCGUUGGUUUCCAAGAACAGCUCAUCUAAUGUUAUCUGCCAGUAUGGAUUGUAGGAUAAAGUUGUGGCAUGUUUACAAUGAUAGGCAAUUAAUUAGAACGUAUCAUGGACAUCGUCAGGCUGUUAGAGAUAUAAACUUCAACAAUUCGGGAAAAGUAUUUUUAUCAGCUGCAUAUGAUCGCUACAUAAAAAUGUGGGACACAGAAACAGGACAGGUUGUGGCUCGAUUCACAAGUAGAAAAAUUCCUUACUGUGUCAAAUUUAAUCCAGACCGGAAUAAACAGCAUCUAUUUGUAGCAGGCACUUCCGAUAAAAAAAUUAUAUGCUGGGAUACAAGGUCUGGCGAUAUAGUUCAAGAAUAUGAUCGACACUUAGGCGCAGUAAACACAAUUACAUUCGUGGACGAGAGCCGCAGGUUCGUAACAACCUCAGAUGACAAGAGUUUGCGUGUUUGGGAAUGGGACAUUCCUGUUGACAUGAAGUAUAUUGCUGAUCCUACAAUGCACUCGAUGCCAGCUGUAACACCUGCCCCUAAUGGCAAAUGGUUAGCAUGUCAAAGUAUGGAUAACAAAAUUGUUAUCUUUUCUGCUUUAAAUCGAUUCAAAAUGAACAGGAAAAAAGCCUUUACUGGGCAUAUGGUGGCUGGUUAUGCGUGUACUUUAGAUUUUUCUCCAGAUAUGAGUUAUCUUGUAUCUGGAGAUGCAGACGGGAAAUGCUACAUAUGGGAUUGGAAAACUACAAAAUUGUACAAAAAAUGGAAAGCUCAUGACAAUGUGUGUAUUAGUGUGUUGUGGCAUCCGCAUGAAUCGAGCAAACUUGUCACUGCAGGCUGGGAUGGAUUAAUUAAGUAUUGGGAUUAAGUUCUUAAUUGAAAAACAUGUUUAUGUACAUAUUUGUUUAAAUAGAUUUAACUUUUUUUAAACA